AUGAAACGUUCGCAACAUCAAAAUUCCGUUCUUCAUCGUGCAACCCCAGCAAUACCCUCAGAGGGAAUGAAAAAACAACGACCAGCUAGUGCCUCAUGCAUCGGAAAGAGAACAGUCCAAACCGAUGAAGUACCAAAAGCAUAUCCUCUUGGAAGCAUCACUCAAAAAACUCGUCCUCAAAGCUCCCAUAGCAGAAGGAGAAACACUCCAAUGAAAGAAGGGCCCAUUACAUGUACGGCAUACGAGACUGGGAGUGAAGUAAGGGAGGAAAUUAAGGAAAAAUCAAGACUCAACAUUCGGAACCAAAGGUUGUCGUCCAGGUAUUUCCUUACCUCGAUGCAGCUUAUUGGAAAGAUUAACGGAGGAGCCGAUGUUCAAAAUAAGGAAAGAAGACUAGCGUUGGAGCGCCUUAAAUUGUUGGAGGAACUUCAUCUCAAAUCCGUUGCGGCGAGCAACGAUUUGAUAAAUAGCAAAAAGGAAGAAAAAUCAAAAUAUUCCAAUGUUCCAUCUCGAGUUUUUCAAUCACCAAGCAAGAUGAACCAAGUCUCUCGCAGAGAAGAGCAUAAAAUGCAACCAAAGGACUCGGAAUCAAAAAAUCUUGACAGACGAACUCAAAACAACCACCGAUCUCAUCUAUCUAAAACUUCAAAUAAUUCUGCAUUUUUGGAAAAUCAAUCUGCUCCUAGCUUGCAACCAAAUACUGACCAUCAACGUAUCGACAACACAGAGAAGAUCGAAACGAAAAGAAGAGUAUUAAGAGGUAAAAGCAGCACGAACCUUUCCUCAUUUGUCAGCGCCGCAGAAUCAGCAUCCGAUCAGGGGCAACCGGAAUGUCAUCCCAAUGAGCCAAACAACGCCACCAACACCACAACUUCACAAGAGGAUUUUAAGAAAAUUUUGCAAUAUUCUAGCCACAUUGGAACCACGAGAGUUGCAGGAAAACAUAACAAUCAACUAAAUGGCCCAUACGAUGUAAAGAUUCAUCCAACCCAUCAAUUAAUCAUAAUCUCAGAUUCGAAUAACUCUCGAAUCCAAUUUUUUAACAUGCACUCUCACGAUUUUCAGUUCAGCAUUUCGACUCCUUCCACCCCCCAUUGCGUCGCCGUGAGUUCAUUUGAUAAUUCUAUUGUGGUGUCCUGCCAAAAUAAUUUUGUUUAUAAGUACAACUUGGAGACAAAAAAGCUAAUAUGGAAAGCUGGAGGAGAAGGUAGCGGCAAGUCUCAGUUCCAUUUUCCUCUUGGAAUUGUUGUGGAUGAAAGUGACAGCAAUAAGAUAUAUGUAUGUGAUAGUAGAAACCAUCGAGUGCAAUGUUUGUCUUCUGAUGGAGCGUUUUUGAACGAUUUUUCAUUAGGCCCUUCGUUUUCACCCUUUUCGAUUGACAUUUCCCAGCAUGGAUACUUGGUUGUGUGCGACAAUAGAAAUUCGUGUGUGCAUGUCUUUCAAAAAGAUGGUUCCUUGGUGAGAACGACAGAUCAUGGAUUCAAGCAACCUUUGUGUGUUUCGGUAGACCAUAAGAGUGGAAACGCUUACAUUUGUGAUUCGAAUAAUUUGAGAAUUGUUGUUUUGGACUCUGAAUGCAAACAUGUUAUUGAAUCCGUUGGAUCAUACAGCACGUACAUGCUUCAUCCAGCCAAACCAUUAGGAAUAUCAGUGCAUGAAUCAACUCUUGUUGUAGCAGACUAUGAAAACCACCGUGUCUUGCAAGCGCAUUUGGAAUAA